CUUCUGUUGUGGUGAACUCUACGGUUUCCCUGUGGCAGCUGUGGAAAAGAGCAAUGAGGCAGCACUGCUCCUGACAUCUGUUUCUAGUCUCAGGCUCGAGUCUCACUGGCCUGGCCUCCUGCUGACAGACGAGUACACCUAACAAUUCUAAUUAAAGAGUCAUUAUUCUGCGAAUAUGGCGAAGGAUCUGGUUUACCUGGUGACUGGGGGUUCUGGGUUCAUUGGUGAACAUAUUGUAAAAUUUCUACACAAAGAAGAAUACGUGAAGGAAGUGAAGAUUUUUAAUAUGAAUAAAGGUGGAUUUAUUGAAGAUUUAAAAGGAGGUUCUACCACUAUUACCUUCAUUAAAGGAAACAUUACUGACUAUAACCAAGUUCUGGAAGCUGUCAAAAACGUCCAUGUUGUUAUCCAUACAGCUGCUCUUGUCGAUUAUUUGGAUGAACGUCCCUUUGAGGAACUUGAGGCUAUAAAUGUUGGAGGGACAGAGAAUGUUAUAAAAGCUUGUCUGGCCUCUGAUGUCCCCUACCUACUGUACACAAGCUCAAUAUCUGCAGUUGGACCAAACAAAAAUUUAGAUCCAAUGGUGGGAGUCACAGAAGACACAAUAUAUCAUGGUGAGCACUUACUUUCUUACGGUAAAACAAAGGCUUGGGCCGAAAGAUUAGCCCUCUUGGCUAAUGGUCAGCAGAUGAGCAAUGGAAAUAAAAUAACUACUUGCAUCAUCCGACCAGGCAGCGUCUAUGGUGAAAAGGGACAGCAAUUCCUGAAUCAGUAUCAUUCUGUAAAAUACCAGAAUAAUCGGAUAAACUACGUUCAACCAGAUCAUGCAGCACAAAACUAUGAAUAUGUCGGUAACGUGGCAUGGAUGCAUGUGGUUGCCGCUCGUCAGAUGCAGCUGAACCCACAUGUUCUUGGCGGACAGGUGUACUACUCAUAUGAUGACACCCCGGUUAAGCUUUUAAAAGACUUGCAUCGAGAAUUCUUCACUGAAUUAGACCCGGAUAUACAAAUUGGGUCCCAGAUUCCUUACUGGAAGAUGUGGUUGAUUAUAAUGAUUUACAACUCGAUAAGAUUAAUUUUGAAGCCUUUUUGGAAACUAAAACCUUUCAUAACUUUACCAAUCCUGAAGCUAUUGAAUGUUGCAUUCUACUGCGACACCGAUAAGGCAUUCAGACACUUUGGCUACAAGCCCUAUUACAGCUGGGUGGAAAGCAAGCAGAGGACCUGCCAAUGGCUGAAACAGGCAUCUGAAGACCUGAGAAAGGCUAAAAAGAAUUCUUGAAGGCUAAUUUUAUAAAUGUUUACACAAAAAUUAGAGCCACAGUUAACAUAUUAUAACAAGAUUUUAUUUAAAAUUAAGCUGUCUUGACAUAUAAUUAUAGUUACACACACACACUCCUCCAAAAUGAUAUCCCUCACCCCUCUGUUAAAAGAUACUUUGAAGUCUCACAUUUAUCUGUUUACAGUCCUGUGCACUUCUUGCUUGGAAAUGCUUUAAAACCCCUUUUAUUUUCUCAGUGAAAAUGCUGUUUCCUGCCCUCACACUGCAGUGGUCUGUGCUGGCAGAGCUGAGAAACAUUCACACCCCUUCAGCACAAGUAUCCUCAUGCAACCUUGUAUUUCAGAGAAGGGGAGGAGGCACAUGUGACCAAGUCUGUAUAAGUUAAUGAGAGCAUGAGGUCUAACGCCUUUUAGACUGCACAGUCAUAUCUAAAUACCCCGCACAAAUGUUGUAACAGGAAAGUGGAGAUAAAGCUAUGCAAUAGCGGUCAUUAGUAUAACCUCUAUUUGGCGGAAUGUUUAUUUCUGUGACUUUAAUUAGGCUUCAAACGUUGUAACUGAAUAUACCUAAAUGGCUCAUACUUCAGUUUGCCUGGAGGUGACAUGUUCCCACAAUGCCUUAAAAGGAUACGUUCACCUUUUCCUAAAAAAAAUAAAAAAAAAUUAAAUGCACAUAUUUUUGCCAGGUUAAAAAAUGUGCAUUUGUUUUGUUUUUUUAACAGGAGGGGUUCAAAGCAAUCUGCAGAUCGUGGGUGCACUUUCAGGCUCCUGCACACUCUCCCUCCAGCUUUCAGCCUGUAUUUCUGUAUGGUCUGAUAGCUUGCAAGCUGUAAGGAGUAUGAAUGGACUAUGGUACGCUCCCAGUCCAUUAAAACUACAAGUCCUUCUGCCAUGGUGGCAGUCGAGACUUGUAGUUUUCUCAAUCACAGACUCCUGUAAAUUAAUUACGUGGCUGUGUAAAUAAAGUCACGCACAGCCCCUCUGUGUUUUUUUUUAAUUGUGACAGCGGGUGUGGGUAGAUUAUCCCCUGCUUGCUGUCACAGGGAGGGGGCAGGGUCUAGGGAUUUGAGCGGCGGUCCCUGAACAUGUUGCACCCUAAAUAUGGGUGUAACAUGGUCAGAAGGUGAAUUUGGCCUUUGGCUCCCCCUGCUAUAGAAGUAAAUAAUCUUUACAAUUUCUUCAACUUAACAAAGAACUCUACUGUGAAAGCCAUGCCCAAAAAGACAGGCAGAAAGAAGAGCAUUAGUAAGCAGUAUAUUUUGUGGUCUCUCUGCAGCUAAUCUUUUCCCCUUUACUGAUCUACCAUGUCUUGUUCUGCACUGUCUGUGUAGAGGUGGCCAUCUUGCUAAAAGCAGGGCUGUAUUUCCUUACAUCAUAUUCCUGUAUGAACAAUGAGCAUUACAGUAGUGACAUCUCCUGAGACUAACAUGAAGAAUUAUGUAUACAUUAUAGGAGCCUGUGCCACCUCUGUAAUUGUGCAGAUUGAGCACAUUUGCAUCCUAUAUAUGCAAUAGAAUUACACUCCAUGUUGCCUUAGAAAUGGUAUCUCAGCUUGUGGGCUAUUUAUACAGUAUGCUCCUCCAAUACAUAUUUGUCUAGGUAUACUGUGGCUAUCCCACUUUAUAGAUAUGUUAUGGCCAUUUAUUUAUUAGCAGAUUAGUGUUAUGAGCUUUUAGGUCCAGACUUCUUCACUGUCUCCUCCCCCUUGUGGGGGCUCAACAAUGGGAUUCCCCUUCUCUCCCUUUCUUGUUGGACCAUAUUGACCUUUUUAGGCCAUUUCAAAACACAAUGUGAGUAUAUGUA